GAAAGACGCCCCCCCCCCCCCCCGUGUCUCGGAUUCUCCGAAAUAGCGCGAGUUCCUUCUUCACCUGGGGGUUGGGGUGAAUUUGAAUUCCGUUCUUUCCUUUUCUUUCCCAAUCUCUUCAUGGAGGAGGCGAUGGACUCGCGCUCGAAUCCCGGGUCGAGCGACGCGACGGCGGUCCGCGUGAAGCGGAAGACCCUGCAGGCCGUGCUGGAGCAGUGCCAGAGGGCUCUCGAGCUGCUCGGCAAUGGCGAGGGCGGCGUGGAUGCCGACGACGACGGCGACGAUCCAGACGAUGACGGCGCGGAGCCGAGCCGCCGUGACUCGGCAUCCACCUGCCGAGAUCGAGAAGCUGAUGAGUUAUGCGAGCUUCUGAAAUCUAGAGUUGAAUGCCCAGAAUUCCUUGAAAAGCUUGAGUGCGCUAAGGUGUCAGUUCCUCAAAAUGCAGAGGAAGGUAGCUCUUGGGAUAUGGUCGAUGAAAAUGACCUUUGGGAAACUGAAAAUGCAGAUUUGGAUAAAGAGGAUUAUGUUCUAGUGAGGCAAGAAGAUAUUGUAGAGGGUAUUGCUUGCUUCAUGGCUGCAUAUCUGUCUUCUCUCAAGCAGACAAAGGAAUUAACUCCUAAUCAACUCCAAGCAGCUCUUAGCAAGACAUUUUCUGUGAAAAAGAAGAAAGGUAAGCUCCGGAAGGCAUGGGACGGGAGCAAAGUCAUCUAUAACGUAGCAUCCUGGGGGGCAACAGCCAUUGGGAUCUAUCAGAACCCAGUACUUCUGAGGGCUGCCUCAAAUGCCUUUUGGACAUCUUGUCAUGUUAUAUCAAAGCUUCUCUGAUCUGCAUGAUCUGCCUGAAGAGGAGCUUAAUUAGUUCAUUCCAUGCUUGUCCUGCCAAUGCAGUCUGAUGUUGUCCAUGUUGUUUGACAUUAGUGCGUUUAUUAGGCGUUCCAGUUUGAUUAAUUACCCUCUGAUGUUACUUAAUCAUGUAAAUGGGUAUCUGUUCUACAUUUGAAGUUCGGAUACGAAUGCGAUGUAAAAAUCUCUCAUACUGAAUGCAAAAACAGUUACACCUCUC